AUGAGUCGACGCGGCGGCGCUUCGGAGGACGCAGCGGGCGAACAGAGCCCCCGAGAGCGCAGCGACAGCACUAGCAGCGGAACGGGCAGCUCUGGGGCCGCCCCCAACGCUUCUCCGCAGUUUGUGGCGCUCCAUUCGAGGGUCGGCAAGAGAUACCAAGCUGUGGUCCCCGAGCUGCUAACAUCCCCAGCCGACUCCGCCGAGCUGCUGUACAAGAAGCACGCGCUGCAGCAGCCCAAACCCAGAUACUGCCCCGACAAGGCCGAAGAACUUGGACCGGAGCUGGACAAAUAUUUGAGACUGGCGAUGUCGCUGCGGGAUGGGGCCACGUUCGACACGCAGGAACAGGUCACGACGCUGGCGCUGCAGCAUUUGCACCGCUUCGAUUAUAACACCACGGACGCCGCGUGCUCGCUGUAUGCGAGACAUAGUAUCGAGCUGCCGAGGUUGACUGGGUGCAUGAAUCCAAGCGCCACCAAGCCCACGCCGGGGGAAGAAGCCAAGAAGUGGCUGUUAGCCUUCUAUCGCUGCAUGAGAUGCACCGAAAUUGAUGGGAAAAUGCUGCAACAGAUGUGCGAGUUGCAUGAAAAGGCAAAGGCGAUUGGUGAUGCGAUUCCGUCGACCGAGGCGGGUGUGCUAUCGCGUCUCGUGACGCGGAUUUUGACGUGGAGAGAGCAAUGCGAAGGGGCUAGCCAGGAGAAAGUGGACCGUGGUCGACUACUGGAGCUGCUGCAUCAGGCGGAGAACAUACACCUUGUGCUACCAGAGAAGGAGACGGUUGUAUUGAGGCUAGAAGCGUUCGAUAUUGCUCUCACGCAGCUGAAGGAGGCGCUGGAGCACAGCAGCAAGCGUCACCAGAGCAAACGGGUGGAAUUGAACGAGCUGAUUGCUCUUUUUGAGGCAGUCAUGGCCCCGCAACUCGUAUUCCCACAGGAGAGCAGCUUCCGUGAAACGGUUGACGAAGUGAAGGAGCUCAAGGCUACUAUUGAUAAGAUGCUGGCAGAAGACAAGGUAAGCCUGCCGCUGAUACGCGACGUGCUGGCAAAGAUCGAGCUGGUGCCAGUGAAUUUCGAACAGGAAGUGGAGCAGUUCCAGACCAAAAUGCACAGCGCGCAGACGUGGCUGGCAAAGGCGCGCAAAUGCAUGCCCAACCGUCGACCGACACGACGAGCAGGCGGUGCAGACCCAAAGAAAAUGGACUUGGAGGCGAUUCGCGCGCUUGUGGACGACGCGCCGUGUGAAAAUAGCACGGAGAUGUUUGAAAUGCAGGAUUUAUUGGAGUGUGCAGACGUGUGGGCAGUCAAAGUGAAGGAGGCGAUAGAUGGCGGUGCUGAUGUGACACUGGAGCAACUGAAAGAGCUCCUGGAUGAGGCUAAAGACAUCCCAGUGGUCAUGGACGAGCAAAAAUUCCUGGAGGCGGAAAUCGAUGCUCGUGAGUGGUGCACAACAGCCGCGUCGAAGCUGGCGUCGCGUACGUCGAUUGAGGAAAUGGAGGAUUUGCUCACGCAGGCGAAGACUAUUCGUGAACGUAUUUAUUCCAAGAAACAGUCACGCUGGAAGCCACAAGUGGAGCGCGAUAUUGGUGCAGCUAUGGAGCAGUCCCGCAAGUGGAUCAAUGAGCUUCGUGACAAUCUCGGAGUUGCGGCGUUUGACAAGUUGUUUGCCUCGCUGUCGUCCUAUGUUCCUUCUUCACACUCGGCCAGAGCAUCAUCUUCAACGACCAGUGUCGAUAGAGCAAAGAAGAAGACAAUGGAUGCCAUUAGCAAGUUGAUUGAGAAGGCACAGGCGCUUGCGAUUGACGUGUCUUCGUACACUACACCGCUGAACGAUCUCCUAUUGAAGGGAGUUGAAGCACAGGCUGAGGCGAGCGCUAUCUUGAUGAGUAUUGGCUGUUUAUCGGGAACUAUUGCGAGUAAUCUGGAUGAAUCAAGUAGCAUGGAGAUCGACUCGAUGCCAAAAGAACUGGGUGACUUGGCACAGGCGUCAGCUCUUAUUGAGAGAAUCGAUUCGUUCCCGUUCACGUUUGAAGAAGGAUUAAGUCUCGCCAGUAUCGUAGAAGGUGAAAAGGACUGGGCGGCGCGUGUCCGCGAGUGUAUUCCUCCCAGACAGUCCAGGAAGAAGCGUCUAGCGAAUGAUUCGUUCACGACAGAGCAGCUGCACGAAUUGUUGGACGAGUCGAAGAGACUGCGCUUUCUGUUUCGUGACGAGCUGCGGAUACUUUCGAAAGAACUUCACGAUCUGACAAGCUGGCGCGCCAAGGCGCAGGAAGUGAUCAAUGGUGAAGUGAGUACAUCCGUGGCGAGUGUCGUCGAGCGUCUUCAAGCGUUCGAUCUUAUGGUGUACGAUAAACUACAGAAGGCUAAAAAGAAACUCCAUAUUGGCGAUGUGAGUCCUGCCUCUGCAGAGAAGGAGGGAAACGAGGACGUGGAUAUGUGCGAGUGCUAG